CUCUGAGCUGUUCAAUAUAACUAUGACGGCAACAACCACAACCACGACAACAGCGGCCACGACCACAACCACAACAACAGCGGCCACGACCACAACCACAACAACAACAAGUGCAAUAGCUACCUUCUCUGGUAUAAGCUUAGAAGGAACCGGCACAACAAUAGCCAAUAAUUCGACAUCAACAGAGACAGUCCUAUCAGUUGAAAUCACAACGGCUUCAACAACAACACUUCUUAACACUAGUUCCUCAAGAAUUGCAUCUGCGACGACGUUCGCGAAAUUCUAUAAUGAUUCGGUUUUCAUGGAAGUAUCGAACGCCUCCGUUGGCAAACUGCUUCUGUUGUAUUUCAUAUUCUACGUCUUGUUUACCAUACUAAUGUGCAUAGCCAUAUGUGCUCUCAGAUGUCACUACAGGAGCAAGUUGCUUGACGAGCUGGAUAAUGUGAGACAGGAUAACGAACACGACCGAGUAUAUUACGUAGAAGCGGGAUCAGGAGCACGUCGAGUCGUUCCUCCACCACUUUCGCCUCCACUUACGGAACAGCAAGUCUACUAUCCCUUAGGUCAGAUGCUUGCUGAUGAAGCAAGGCGUGCCGCCCUGUAGAGAUCAUCAGGAGACUGUACUUUUUGUUUUAUAUCAGUGCGUAAUGUUCAACAACAGAUAAAUAAAGUGUU